GCCUCAUGCCUAUGCCAGUGAGGGGGUCACCCCUCGCCCUUCAUAUUGACCAGGACACCCGGGCAUGUCCCGCACAUUCCAAGCAGUACACUGGGCCUGAUUACCAAGGGACUCACUCCACCCCUUCUUGAGAUCGGCAAACCUUGUCACCUUGUCACCAAGGAAGCACUCCACGGGAUCUCCACCUGCAUUCUGUAAAUCAGCUGUCGCGAUGAUUGCCUUCCGGCCUACAUUACUUGCUCUGGCAGUGGGUGUCUGCACCUGUGUCUCAUCUGAGUCCGCCCUUGUUCCUCGUUACAAUCCGGGCAAAAUAUGGGUCACGGUCGACACCAACGGGGAUGCGCAAACAAUCACACCGUCCAUGUCCGGCACCAGGACGAUAUCUGGAGCCCCGGAAUACGUAACGCAGACUUCGGUUUACGCCUUGACAACUGCAGAAGGAAUGGUGCAGACGUCGACCGGAAUGGCGCCAGUGGCCACCGCGACGGCGCCAUCCGGUGCAGGUGCUUUCUUCCAGUGCCGCAACUUGCUGGGUCUGGAUGCCCCAUUCUGCCAGCCUCGGCGAGGCAGUUUGCUAAGACCAGGAAAUACAUAUUAUGUGACCUGGAAUGUCGUGGGAUUUGCAAGCGAAGACUCACUUGUUGCUGUUCAGGUUCGGUAUUCAGACAACACUGGUUUUGUGGCAGACAAGAACGUCACAGUGAGCACUGGCUUUUACAUUUGGAACAUUGACCAAGACAUACUUUCACAAGGCGGCCGUGAUGGAGGGGACCUCGUUGCGACUCUAUCACUCAUUGAGGUGCAGACCUCAGGAAAUGGCUCAGAGAGCUCAUUGGCAUAUUCUGAGGGACCCAGUGUCACCAUCAGUCGGUCAGCAUCGCCAUACUCAUCUCCAGAGAAUAGCCCCAAGAACCAUGGGGGGACCGUGGCGAUUGCAGUAUCAGUCACAAUUUUAGCUGUAUUAUUUAUAUUUGCGUCAUUCGUAGUCUGGAGUUGGAAACGACACGGGCGUAUUUUUGGGAUCGGCGGGCGAAGGAACAGACCGGAUUCUCAGAGGACGAAUUCACUGCCAAAUUUUGGACGGCCGGAGGAUAAGAGCCGUCAGGUGGAGCUGACUGAUCGUGGGAGCUGGGUUCCUGCAUCAAACAAGAAUGUGUUCAGGGCCGAGAUUCAAAGACAAGAGAUGGAGCGUGGAUAUUAGGGACAUCGACAGGAUAGGCAUCUGUGCAUCUCCGUGGCUGUCUGCCAGUGACUAUGGUUUGAGCGGUAUUUCGGUUCAACAGCACACUUGCAGACAGCCAUGAACGGUCAUCGUUUGGAAGGGCCUGGUCUAAGUCACCACCGUCUCGGCACUCCUUGUUUUCUGGUGGAUCAUGUCCGCUCGCGCAUUCACGAUACACCUGUCUGUCAUGUCUAAGAAGGACGGGGCAGGGUCGUGUGGAGAUUUAAUUCUUCG